AUGAUAAACCAAACUACGAGAUUCACUAUUCAGGAAAGGAUAUGUGAGUUGAAAGCCAAAGUUGACUUUUUUUCACAGCAUAAACAGAAGAUGAACUCUCUUCAAAAAGGAUCAUAUCCUAUUUUUCCUGGGUCUAGUUUUUUAAACGAGUCGAAUGGAUUGGUUUCUGUGAAAUAUAACUUUAAACCAGAAAGCGUGGAUCGUAGCCGUAAAGGCGACAUGGAAAAAAUCCAGGAUACUUAUCGACUGAAUGUACCAUCUACACUUGAAGAUGGACGUCCCCAUGUGUUUGAAGGAUCGGGUCAGCAAGCACGAAAUGUGGAUUGUGUGUUGGUAUACAAUCCUAAAAAUAAGACAUUCACGAUUGAGCAGAUGGAUGAGAUUAUCAGAGUUCACGCCCUCCGCAAUGGAGGACGAGCGGCUACAAACAUAGCACCUCAGCAGCCCUCGGAACCCAUGACAAAGGGAUUGGCUUUUCCCACAGUGCCAUCCUCCACCUCUGCUUCGUCAACGACCAAAGAACCAUCUCAUGCUGCUGCGUCUGCCGCAGACAAGGGAUCUAAUCCAAAGACACAAUCACAGACUUCAAGCCAACGGUCGGUUCCCGCGUUUGCAAUGUCAGCAAAGGAUGCAGCGAUUCGUUCCAGCUCAAAUUCAGCCCGGGAUUCUGAUACUAUUGAAAUUGGAUCAGGUACAGAGGGGGAGGCGGACGAUGUGCUGGAGCUUGACGACUUUGCCAAGGAACUUGAGCUUGGUCUUGAUCAAGAGCUGGGGAGGAAUCCCGAGGAUAAACAAACACUUAUAGCUGGAAAGCCUAUUUCGUUGCGUGACUUGUCAAGACAAGAAGAAGAGAGCGGGCGGGCUUCUGCAACUUCUUACGACGCAGUAAGCAGUGCCUCAGAAGAUGAGUGA